CUCGCGUUUACAACCGUGCCGCCAAAAGGGUUAAGAGAUCGGCUGUAGGUUUUUACCAUGCCUGACAUUGGCGGCGGCGUCCGCACUGGCGGCUCAACGACGACCGAGCCAAUGCGGAUUGCGAUGUGCUGCGACUUCUUCUACCCCCGUCUCGGUGGCGUAGAGAUGCACAUAUGGAGCUUAUCGCAAUGUCUCAUUCGUCGAGGCCACAAAGUGAUCGUGAUCACCCAUCAGACAGACGGGCCAAACAAGCGCCAAGGCAUUCGAUACAUGACCAACAACUUGAAGGUGUACUACCUGCCGCUGGUGCCCAUGGUGGACAACGUGACGCUGCCGACGUUCGCGGGGGGCUUUGGUCUCUUCCGCACGGUGUUGAUUCGCGAACGCAUCCAGAUAGUGCAUGGUCAUCAAGCGACGUCGGCGUUCAUGCACGAAUGCAUCCUGCAAGCGAAAACCAUGGGCUACAAAGCGAUCUACACUGACCAUUCCCUCUUUGGAUUUGCCGACGCCGCGUCCAUCCAUCUCAACAAGGUCAUGAAGUUCACCUUGUCCGACAUCGACCACGCCAUCUGCGUCUCCCACACAUGCAAGGAGAACCUCGUCCUCCGCGCCUCCUUGGACCCUUCCAUCGUGUCGACCAUCCCCAACGCCGUCGACGCAUCCAAGUUCACACCAUCUUCGUCGGCGACCCCAUCGCCCCCGCUCGACCCGCUUCGAGAUCCCAUCACCGUCGUCAUCAUCUCGAGACUCGUGUAUCGAAAGGGCAUCGACCUCGUGGGCAAAACGAUUGAACUCGUGUGUGCGCGGUGCCCGAACGUCAAGUUCCUCAUCGGCGGCGACGGCAACAAGCGCCUCCUCCUUGAGGAAAUGCGUGAAAAGUGCCAGCUGCACGACCGCGUGACGCUGUGGGGCGCCGUGCCCCACGAGCACGUGCGCCAUGUGCUCACGCAGGGCCAUAUCUUUCUCAACUCGUCGCUCACCGAGUCAUUUUGCAUCGCCAUCCUCGAAGCUGCCGCGUGUGGCCUCUUCGUCGUGAGUACCCGCGUGGGGGGCGUGCCCGAGGUGCUGCCGCCAGACAUGAUCCGCUUCUCCAAGGACAUCACGCCAGAAGACUUGGCCGAUGCCGUCGUAGAGUCCAUCCCUCUUCUCGCCAAGGUGGACAAGACGGACUUUCACGAUCGCGUUGAGACCAUGUACAACUGGUAUGACGUGGCAGAACGCACGGAGCGCGUGUACCGCAACGUGAUUCAGCUGCCCAAGUCGCCCCUUAUCCAUCGCUUUCGAAAGUACUAUGGCAUGGGUCCCGUGGCAGGAAUCCUUGGAUGUACCGUGGCCGCGUGCUUGUUUGUGUACUUGCAAUACCUGGAAUGGCUCAAACCUUCCGAAGACGUUGAAGUCGCUCUCGACAUCGUCGCAGAUACGUCAUCACAUCAACAAACAACAACGACGACCCAACAACCGACAGUACCAACGUAACCAAGGAAUAGACACACACGUCGCACUUUUAAGAGUUAAAAACACAGGGUCCAACUAUAACGCACUCCAGUAACUACUACUACAAGUACAAGGUCGU